AUGCCUUAUCUCAAAAGUCGAAUUACUCUAGGUAUAAAUGAGAAUUAUCCAUCUACAAUACUUAUGUGGAAGGUUAUUGUUGGGUUAUUGGUGGUGUUGAAUGUUGUUUGUGGGUCGGCUGAAGAUAGUAAGGAUGAGUUGGCUUGUGGAAGUGGGGUUUGUGGUGAGAGAGCCCCGGCGGGUUGGAAAUCGCCAAAGGAUAUAGUUGAUCGAUUGAAAGAGAUUGGGUUUGAGCUCGAUGAGAGUAUACUGAAGGUGUUGGUUAAACCCUAUACUCCAGUGCAGCCAACAGUUUCCGACUCCGAUACUAACCCAUGUCUAAGUUCAAGUGGGUUAGAAGAAAAGACUGGUCUUUCUAUAGUAGAUACUCGGACCAGAUGGAUGAAGUUUAUCAUGCCCAAGUAUUCAAGUGCCAAAGAGGCUAACGCAGACCUUGAAUUUCUAAAUACGAUCGCUGCCAUCAAAGUCUCGGUAGCUUCGAUUAUGUAUACGGAUGCUAGGUUAAAAUGCCGCCAGACGUGCAUCUUAAUUGUAACUCGAAUCAUUAACAUGCUUGAGUGUAAGAAGCUAAAGCUCAAUUUGAAGUGUACCUUAGAGCGCAAUAACCAAAACCAGUCCAUUUAUGAUGCUAGUUUGCGUGAGGCGAAGAGAGUCAUCGGUCUUACUCCUAAAUCACCAUGUGCGCUCGUAGCUUGGGGCAACACUAACCUUUCACAAUGGGGUGCGAAUGCUAUCGCCAUAAAGCAACAGUUUUCAUCUAUCCACUUCCACCCAGUAGAUAACCUUUCCCAUAACCUUGACAAUCUAUGUUUAACGAAAGACUUCAAGGCAACUGUAUCCCUUAGCUCUAAGAAACCUGAGGUUAACCUUCGAUAUCUCUUCUCAAUUCCUACCAAUUGUUCUAAAAUCACAAUUAUGGCCACCUAUAAGCCGUGCCCAUUAAUAGUAGGCCUAGGGGAUUGCACUAAACAGUACAAAGACAUAAAAUUGCUGAUUAGUUGGGACAAUCUUCAACUGCUGGGUCGCACCUCUAAAGAUAAAAUCCAUGCCCACAGUAUUAUGGUCCCAGACGACAAUUGCCUUUAUAAAGAAGGCUCUUCUUGUUCUGAACCACCAAAGAACACUGGGCAUUGUAUCUUUGCUGACAAAAUUGUUGUUCAGAUAAGCCCGGGUUUUCCUUAUGAAUUUAGUAAAUCCACUACCUAUGAUUACAUAAAAGAUAUCUGUGCUAAACAUGGUGUAUUGGUUAAAACAGCGGAGGUCUGCGGUAAAGAUGACCAAGAGGACCUUUCUGAGACUCUAGGCAUACUUGAGAAGCUUGAUGCCUUGCCUAAAUCAGCAACAGAGCCCUACUCUUUUAAUAUCAGUUGUGGUAGAAGACUUAAAAAUGCCGAAUAUAUAACGAUUGAGGAGCCCGUUAACCUUAAGUUUGUAAAUUGGGAUAGUUUUUGUGAUAGUAAUAAGCCAAGAGAUGGUAUGCUUUUUUGCCAGCAUAUACACUACAACGAGAUCAAUAUUGAUGGGAGCGGUGGAAUUGAUUUUAAUCCUUUUCAUCUUCUCACUAACACUCUAUAUCUAUUCCGAGAUAUUACUGCCAAUAAGCUUACAAUCAAAAAUAUUCGUAAGAUCCGUGCGAUCGACAAUUUUCGUUGUGAUGUUAAGGAGGAGAUAACUCGCAAUCCAUUCCGAUGCAAUAUGAGCGUUGAUGUUUUGAUACUGGAUAAUGUUAGUACUGUAAUUGCCUUUUGGAUCUUGGAGAAAUAUGACUUUGUUAAACCGGUAAAGGUGUAUUUACAAAAUAUCAAUUGCAGUGAAAAUGAUGCUAUUAAACUAAUUCGCCCUCAUCCGCAAGUCCGAAAUAUUUCGGAGUUUGUGUUGGAUAACACGAUAAUCAGGUAA